GUGAGCAGCUCCUCUGUCUUGUGUCCCUGCCAUGAUGUACUGUGCUGCCAGAGGCCCAAAUCAACAGAGACCAGAAAUAGCUGGAAUGCUAUCUUAAACCAAAAAUCUAUUUAAACAUUUAAUGCUGCUUAAAUGAAAGAUAUAUAAAACAUCCAAAACUCCACCUGGUAACUAUACUAUUGAGACACUGGUCAAUAUGUCGCUCAAUCCAAGUCGACCUUCUUCAUCAGAGUUGGUGGAACUUCAUGUUUUUUAUGUCCCUGAAGGAUCGUGGAACUAUAAAUUAAAUACUAUUUCAAUAGAAGUUAUUAACAAGUUUAUUUCUGCUGGAUUUAUAAGAGUAUCUCCUCAACUUACUUUACAAGCUUUGAGGGAGCGCCUUGGUGAGUUUCUUGGUGUAGAUGCUGUUGCAGAAAAAUUUUUAUUUCUGAAAUGCAUUGGAAAUAAUUUAGCUGUGGUGAAGGAAAAGCAAGAAUCAGAACUGAAACUCAAAGCAUUUGCUCCUCCAUAUGCUCUUCAACCAGAAUUAUAUUUGCUUCCUGUAAUAGAUCACUUAGGAAAUGUUUAUUCAGCAUCAUCAACAGUUACUUUAGAUGAACAGCAGAAUAAUAAUGAUACUACAGAGAUCAAUGGAACAAUCCACAGACCAGAUAGUGUAACUUUACCAAAGGAUGACCCUGGAGAUCCAGCUGAGGAAAGCCAGACUACACAAAAUCACCCUGGGAAUUCCGAGUUGCCAGGAUCGUUGGAAGAAUCAAAUGAUUGCUUUGGGAACCUAAAAAGUCCAUUUCUUUGGAAAGAUGGUGAUGAUGAUGAUGAUGAUACAACUAUCAAUAGACAGCAGGCCAAACAGGUGGGUGACAAGGAGUACACCCCCCUACCUGAUCUUAUUGACUUUCCUUCAUUGCCUUCUCAGCGAGUUUCUUCAAGGUUAAUUGAUUCCUCUUUGUUAAAAAUUGAGAGAGAGAAGAUUAUUGAACAAAUGAAACAAGUAAAGGAAGAAAGAAAAUAUCUGGAAAAUAUUAGAGAAGAACUAAUUAAAAAAGUUGAAAAACUAUUUGAACAAAAUAAAUCGAAACGAUAUCAUGCCUGUGAUAGCUGGAAGAAAAAAUACUUUGACACCAAGAAAGUCACAGCAUCAUUGGAGGAAGUUUUAACAAAACUUCGAGAAGAUUUGGAACUUUACUAUAAAAAACUCCUGAUGCAGCUUGAAGCCAGGGAAAUCAAGAUGAGGCCAAGGAAUCUGGCAAACAUCUCAGAUUCUAAGAAUUAUCUUAUAAUCCAGAUCACUGAAGUACAGCAUGCAAUUGACCAACUUAAGAGAAAAUUGGACACUGAUAAAAUGAAACUCAUAUUAGAAGUUAAGAUGAGAAAACAAGCAGUUUCAGAUUUACAGACACUGAAAGCUGAACUGACACAAAAGAAAAUGAGCUCAUCUUUCAAAUCUCCACUGUUUUUUGGAAGUGUGCCAACCUAAGAGUUCAGUAGAUGAAUACUGUUUGUGAUAAAUCAGCCAGAUGAACAGUUAAUGUCUGAUUAUAGGGAGCAUUGGCUGCUGCAAUACAUUCUGACCAGAUCUGACUUUGCUCAUCAUAAGACAUCACGAAGAGAAAAUCACAGGCACCUGCGAUUCCGGUAUAAUUAUAGCACCUGUUGUCUAUGUUCUUUGGUGACCAAGCUACAUCAAAAGUUACCUGUGAAAAAAAGCCUACACGUUAUUUUAUAUAACAUGAUAAAGUAUAUCAGAUUCUUAUCAUACAUUCUCUUGCCUCAUUCUACCUAAGGAUAAAGAACUGCUUACAAUGUAUGUAAUCUGACAUAUGUAGAAGAAGGCUAAUAAGGCCUAAUAAAUAUAUUUUGUUACUA